CAACAUUCGUUGUGCCUACGACCUCGCGACCUUCCGACUGUGACAAGGACAAGGAUGAUUUGUCUUGCAAUCUUACGACAUUACUGAUCAAUCAACGUCUCAGCUAGCCACCCUUAAUAGCAUCACGUACGAUUGGUGAACAAGAAGCCGUUGUCGCAACUAGGAACGUAGACAAGCUACCAAACCCGGGCCGCCUGGCCGCGCCGCACCGGAUAGCCUUCAAUGGAUUUCGCAAGCAGCGCAAGAGCACUGGCCGAUCAGUAUGACCGGCAAGCGGAGGGACGAGACGAGGAUGAGGGCAUGGACCAGGAAAAGGAUGACGACGAUAUGGUAGACAGGAUGGAAUUGUUCAUGCCCGUCGUACAACGUCUGGUCGGAGCUCUCGGAGGAUUCGAGGAGGUACAGAAUCCUGAGACGGAAGAGAUCGAGACUGUCUAUCGUCCAGGAGACUCUGCACUAGCUGUCAUGAGGGAUCUCAAAAGGUUAUGGCGGAAAGACGACACGGACGACGAGCGGACAGUCUUUCGAUGCUUUGCCAAAGCCGGUCUCUGCACCGAACUGGUUUCCCUGUUGGACGAGUGCACAGGGCGUGGACAAAGCGGUCGAAAGAUGGCCUUGGCAGCUGCCGAUCUGCUAGCGGCUCUUACAUGGCCCAUCGAUGUCCAGCAGGAGCUCAAGGAUAUGCUGGAAGAUGCCGAGACGGUCGUGACGGACUAUGCGAGUUUGCGUCGGAGUCAGGUCGAGUACAAGGCCCUGAUAAUGAAAUCUGGCUCGACUAUUCGCAACCUGAUGGUGCUAUUGUUACCAUCGCUUGCGUUAUCCAACCGCGACCGCACCGAGAGGGACAAGCGUAUUGUCUCGCUCAUGCUAUACCUGAUACGAAAUCUGCUUGCCAUCCGAGAUCCAAUCGGUUCAGGGGUAGACUCGGGAGACACGAUGGAGCUCGGCUCGAUGCAGAGCCGUCUAAUCGUUCAGCUGGAAGAGGCGAGAUUCCUGCCUCUUCUGCUGACCUUGGCAGAGAACGCAGGAAAGGGGGAGUAUGAAGAAUACAACGUGUUGGUUCUCGACUCGCUAUGGCUCAUGUUUCGAGCGGUCGAGGUGGAUGAUCUGUUGAGGGAAUCGAGCCAGGUAGCUGCCGAAGCACUGGCAAAACUGCUGGACGAAGAAGACCGGAGUAAACAGCAAGCGAAGCGCACUGGCAACAGCCGGCAUUCGAGGUUUGGCACAACAAUCGUUAUGAAGGCUGGUUCCGACCGAUAUGUACUGCACAAGCAAUCAUCCAUAUCGACCACUGCUGGCGCUGUCCUCGACGGAAUCAAGCGGAAGCGGGCAGGAAAAGUCACCAAACAGGAUGAGCUGACGCUGAAGGCUGGGGGCGUCACGGCGCUUAAUGAAGAAGCAUUGGCGGUCAUGAAGCCGUUUGCUAGACAGUUCUUGUUCUGCUUUGACAACUUUUUCCAUAGCAUAUUGAAGGAUAUUCGGAUGGGUCGCGCCAAGAUACGCGACACCGACAACCUCAGGGUACUCUUCCUGUGUCGCUUCUUCAUGGAAUACUUUCUGGCGCUGCAGCAGCAGGAGCAAGACAACAAGGCCAGGAGGGAAAAGGAGCGAGAAGCAGCAAAACGACAAGCGGAAAAGUCGCGGGAUCCGUUCGCAGACUUGGGGCUGGACGACGAUGCGUUAAUGGCAGAGUUCGAUAAAAAGCCUGUAGACAACCAGGAUGCUGGCACAGACGAUCCAGAGCCCGAUCCGGAGCUCGACUUUCGACUACUGGCUGAGGUGUUUCAAGACGAGACCCGAGGUUGGCUUGGUCGUCGAUUAGGAGAGGCAAAGGAUUUGAAGCCAAGAGGGGACUUAGAAAUCCAGGCGUGUCUCGAUUUUUUUACCCAGUUGUUGCUGGUGAUCGCAGCGAUGUCAAACGACAAGGACGAAGAGAUACUGGAAUUGUCGGAUACUCUCUCCGCCAAGUUGCUACAGAAUGCCGAGUUUAUCGAAACGGCUUAUGAUUGCCUCAAGACUUACAAACAACAAUCGAUGGCUUAUCUGGAUUCCGCCAUCAAUUUCUGCUACACGUUGAUACGGACUCUAGAAGUCUAUUCGAAAGAUCGAGGCCAAAUUCAUAUCCGCAAGAAGCGCGAGAUGAACCAGCGUAAAAAAAGCAAGCAAUCUGAAGUUGUAAACAUGGACGAUGAGGAGGAACAGGCUGCAGCGUUGGAAAAAGCGACCGCAACGUACACUGAACACGCGCGUCAAUUCCGUGACUUCGAAAGGGCGCUCGCGGACGAACGGAUAGUGUCCACCUUGAUUCGUUACCUCGGCAGGUACCGCGAAUUCAACGAUGCGAAAAAGCUUAAGAGGCUCGUAAGCCUCAUGCACCGUAUCGUAGUCAGUGUCGGUGCAGAUGCGUUCUUCUACAAGGUCUCAGGUUUCGAAGUCUUCAAGAAGGUGCUCGAAGAUCAAAGAUCUCUCCCUGCGGGACAAGCAACCAAGGAUCUUCUGGCCUGUAUCAACUUCAUUCUUCGGAAGUUCUUCAAGAAUCUGCAACAGAACCCUUUGCUUGCAGUAGAGGCCUUUUGGCCGAAACCUCGCGGUAAACUGCGAAAAUUCUCGGGCUCGAAUUCGGACGGAGACGAUAGUAAUGAUGAUCUUGGACGGGCCAAGACCCUAAAAAUUCCUGCCGACCUCGAAUUCAAACCUGACAAAGAGUUCACCUGGAGCCAAAAGCUAGGAAUCGCCAUUAGAUGCUUGCUUGACGACAGGAAGGUACAUUGGAUCAUGUGGCUGAUCGAGCUGCUGAGGCUGGUAUGUGUGGAAAGGCAGGAGGUCAUUCUCACAACGGACGGCGAGCCAAGAGCCUAUGACCCCGAUCUUGACGACACCCGACCGCGGAUAGGCCCUUCGGAAGAAGCCAAAGAGAAGUUGGUCGACCAUAUCGUGAGGCCCGACACCGAAGAGCAAGCCACAGCGCUCGUCUACAACCCCCACCUGAAGCUGCUGUGCACAUUGGUCCAGUUCGAGCAGAGCAUUCCUGAUGAGCCGGAAGAAGAAUCCAUACCACCACGGCGGUGCUCAGAGAUUACGUGGACAGUCCCAAAAGGGUUGCUACCUCAAGAGAUAGAAUCCUCCAUCCGGAUCAUUGAAGGCUUCAUGCGGGAACCGAUGGACCUGAAUGGCAUAACGCCGGCUGAGUUAUUGCGUCGGAAACGACGAAAAAGACCUGCCAAGCGGCGUCGGCGGGACUCGGUUGACGUUGAACGGGCCCCUCGUCGCCGGAAGCAAGCCGACGAGGUGCAGCAGAAGAAGAGUGCCCAGUUCAUCGAUGAUUCCGACGAUGACCCAGAAGCGGACGCUGCCUUCUUUGCCAGGGAAGCUGCAAACCGGGAGGCAAAUAGGAAGAACAUCUCGCUUGGCUCUACCAAAUCGUCAAGACAGCAGCCUGAGAAUGACCAACGCUCUCUAUCACACCUGGUUCAGGACACGAACCAGGCCUCACCAAGCAGUGCCAGCGGGCAGGACGACGACGAAAGUGCACAGAGUGACAACCCCGGGCCGUCUCCCGUUCCUCAGGUACCCGGCAUUCAGCGUCCCCGACCUCGAGCCAGGCAACGCCAAAAGCGUAAGAGAGCGGCCGAGUCUCAAAGCCUUGUGGGACGUGAACGGUCGCAUCCUCCCGAGUUUAGUCGUUCUGACGAGGACUCGGAGGAUGCUGACACGGUGCAGCGCGUUAGAGCUUCAGCACGUAGGCGAGUGGUGGCAGCGUCGUCUGAAGAAGAUGAGGCAGACCUAUAG